AUGACGCUUCAUUCAUAUGCAUGUGACUGUAUCACUCAUCAUCUGUUCCAUCCGUAUGGUAGCAAUAGUCUGCAGAGGGAGGAAGAUACAGAGAUGAUGCACCAAGUCACUAGCGACGACAGCUUGCGAAAUCGUCUCAUUCAGCAUCAUUACCCAAUCUUUUACCAAUACUUCUCAAAAUUGUUGGAUCUUUUUCUUGAUUCACGAACGACUCCUCUGGCUCAGAAUUUUGUUAUCGGCGCCGCCUCCAAGAUCGAUCCAGCACCAUUUACUCUUCUGAAUCGCCUCCAAGAUAAGACCCAAAGUAGCAGCAGCGUUAACCAGUUGGAUAGCACCGACAUCGCCGCUGAGUGCAUGGACCACAUGGUGGCAGGCAUUGAUACGACAGGAGAUUCGCUGUGCUUCCUAAUGUGGGAGCUCUCACAGCCGUCUUCUUUGACUAUCCAGCAAAAGCUCCAGAGGGAGAUCCGAGAUAACCCUAACAUUUCAUUCGAUAAGUUGUCGUAUUUAGACGCUGUUGUGCAGGAAGGACUUCGUUGCUUUCCUGCAAUUCCAAUGUCCUUGCCACGCGUCGUUCCUCGUGGGGGCAAACACAUCGACGAAUUCUUCAUUCCUGAAGGAAGCAUUGUGAGUAGCCAGGCAUACUCUGUCCAUCGCUACAAUGACACUGUUUUCCUGCGUCCUGAUACCUUCGACCCCGAACGCUGGAUGUUAUCAACUGGAGAAAAUGAGAGAAAGAGGCUCAUGUUUGCUUUCUCUCACGGCGGCAGAGGUUGCGUUGGCAAACACCUUGCACUUGCUGAGAUGAAACUGUUGCUACGGGCCAUUUACGCAAAUUUCACCACGGUUCCUGACGUUUCCAUGGCGCCGGAAGCUAUGAGGCCACAUGACCAAAUCAUAUCUGCUCGACCACUUGGACAGAAAUGCUUGCUGCGUUUCAUACCUCUGGGAGGAGAAAAGGAUACAUAA